UACCCAUGAUUAUCAAGCACCACAACACUCACGUCACGCUUCACACAAUGCGCAACUUUUCGCGUUUCUCUCACCGACACCUUCUUCUCAUACCAAAUUGCGCCCCCGACUGAUGCACGCCACCAUGCCUCUCGAGAAUGUACGAAACAUCCUUCUUAUCCUGUCUGGCAAAGGCGGGGUAGGCAAGUCGAGUGUAACAACCCAACUCGCCCUUACGCUCUCGCUACAAGGCCACUCCGUGGGCGUCCUCGACAUCGAUCUCACCGGUCCCUCGAUACCGCGCUUCUUUGGUAUCGAAGAGAAGAAAGUCCGCCAGGCGCCAGGCGGCUGGAUACCCGUCGACGUCCACGAAGCGCAAACCCUCUCUUCAAAGAGCACAUCCGCAAAUGGCGACGCAGACGCACAAGGGCAGCGUAUUGGCGCACUAUCAUGCAUGUCGCUAGGCUUCAUCCUUGCCAACCGCAGCGACGCCGUCAUCUGGCGCGGCCCCAAGAAGACCGCCAUGGUGCGACAAUUCCUCACCGAUGUGCUCUGGCCCGAACUUGAUUUCCUCCUCAUCGACACCCCGCCGGGUACUUCAGAUGAACACAUUUCGCUCCUCGAGACGCUCCUUAAACAAGUCGCGAGUCCUACGGCGCCGCCGAACCAGCUCGCUGGUGCUGUCGUCGUUACCACACCGCAAGCGAUCUCCAUAUCAGAUGUCAAGAAAGAGUUGAACUUCUGCAAGAAGACGGGGAUAAGAGUUCUGGGCGUUGUGGAGAAUAUGGCGGGCUUUGUGUGUCCAAAUUGCAGCGAGUGCACGAACGUCUUUAGCAAGGGCGGUGGAGAGAUCAUGGCAAGGGAUUUCGAGGUUCCGUUCCUAGGAUCAGUGCCAAUUGAUCCUGCGUUUGUUAUGCUGGUGGAAGAGGGUGCGAGACCGGUUUAUCCUCAAGGCACAGUCAUCGAGGAUACGGAUAUGAGCAGUAAUGGUGCGACAGGGGGGUCGAGCGAGGGCUUGUUCGUGGACAAGUAUAGGGACUGCUCGCUGGCGCCGUUGUUUGAUGGGUUCACUAAGAGGCUGUUGGUAGAUAUUAGAGGGUAUUAGAGGGCUUGCAUGAGCAAGAACCUGGACGACUACAAGUGCUGAGCAAUGAUACCACGCCUCGUUCCAACGGUGCUUCGACAUCUCCACACUGUUAUCAGAGCCAUUCGUUUCUGACACUCACAGCAUGAUGUUAUUCGUGCAAGUCGGGAUAUACCUGGUGGUAGCAGUGAGAGAAGCCCUAGCGCGGCAGGUACGUCAGGCUCAUUCUGUCUCUUCACACCGACGUAUGAGCUACCCGAGCUCACCCGUCCUCAUGAUCCUAUGCCACAGUGUUUGGGUGCGCGCUCGGCUUGCGCUGCGUUCGCGAGUAGGUGAGAGAGCGGCAAUCUGCUGCCUAUAGGUAAAAGAAGCCCACAAAUAUCUGUUUCAGUGAGUUCUAAUUGGAUCACUACCUCCCAGUGACCUACAUAAAGAAAUUCCGUC